AUGUCGGCAGAAAGUCCUGGGCAGAAGCAUGGCUUCAAGGCCUUCUUCAACAAUGCCUUGCGUCCCAAGAAAUCGCGUCAAACUCUCCGCAAGGGCAGCAGAUCGACAACAGACCUGCGGCUGGCCGCACGCUCCAGUGUCGAUGAAGCACCUCCGAUGCCAGAAUUGGCGCCAUUGCAUGCCCACAGACUCAAAUACAGGGAAUUGCACGCUCAAGUGGAUACCCAAUUGGGCGAGCGACAAGAUUACACCGAGAUUAUCCAUUCCCUGGGAACACUCGAUAUGAACGGUAACACCGGCUCAGCAUACGAAUACAACGACCAUCGACCACCAGGCGAAGGCGACAUAGCCAGCCUCCCUCCAAAGCUAUGGGCCGAAAUAGCAUCAUACCUAAACCCCGCGGAAGCAGCCAGCCUGGCAAUCGCUAGCAUAACCCUAUACCGACGCCUCGGACCCAAACACUUCAUGCGCCUCGACCACCCCUCAAACCUGAACUACAAACUCACCUUCCUCUCCGGCAUCGACAACACCCUCCCCCACCACCUCCUCUGCAUCCCCUGCGCAAUCUACCACCGCCGCACACAAGAAGGAACAGAACGCCUCAAGCCCUCCCACGUCCUAAACCCGCUGUUCAAGUGCCCAAACGCCAGAAACACAGGCAACCCCCCACCCCGCCAUCGCAUAACUCACGGCCGCCUCCUCCCCUUCACCUUCGUCCAACUCACCAUGCGCAACCACCGCUACGGCCCCCGCUACGGCAUAACACCAGACACCCUAGGCCGACGCUGGCAACGCGACAACUGGUCGCACGCCUCCCGCUUCCACAUCCACGACGGCCACCUCCUAAUGCGCGUAACAAGCCAGACAUUCGCCGCGCCAGGCCUAACCCCGUCGGCCAUGCGCAUGCUCCUCUACAGCCGCGAAGAUUACUGGCCAUACUUCUCAGCCUGCGCGCACUGGCGCGACGGCGAGCUAAUGCCCGCCUGUAAAUGUGCACUAGACCACAUCCCGAAAGCACGGCAGACGGGCGGGUUACAGGGUCUCGAGCACCGCGUGAAAGAUCGCAUAGCCGGUCAGAUCUUCGAUCCGAAUGCGUUGACGACGCUUUGUGGGUUUUGUCGGCCUAUGCGGCGGUGUCCGGAGUGUCCGACUGAAUAUUUGAUUGAGGUUAAACUAUGUGAGGACCGGACGGAUGGAAGGUUCAAGCAAGCUAUUGUUGUGACGCGCUGGACGGAUCUGGGUGAUGGGACUACACCUGGUGGGAUUGAGUGGGGGGCUAUUAAUGGGACUAAUGAAGAUUAUGAUUCUUUUGAACAUUAUGCUAAGCGGGGUAUCGCUAGUAUUUUUGAGGCUGCUUUUACUGCUGAUACGUUGCCUGGGCAGCGGGUUCUUUCGUUGAAUCCUAAGAAGAAGAAACUGGGGGAGAAGGGAAAUAGAUGGUAUUAG